AUCCUCACGUCCUGAAAACGAAUUGAGUAGCGAAACCACGCUCACCGUGCAAAUUUCCUUGACCUCGGACUUGGUGAUGUAUCCGUUCUUGUCCACAUCGAAGAGCGAGAAGGCCCACUCCAGCUUCCUGGUGGUCUUCCCGGUGGAGGUCAUGUGCAGGGCGAUGAUGUACUCCUUGAAGUCCAGCGUGCCGUCGUCGUUGGUGUCGAAUGAGCGGAAGACAUGCUGCGCGUACGUGUUGGCGUCGCUCUCCGGGAAGAACUUGGAGUAGAUGCUCUGGAACUCCUCCUUGCUGAUGCGUCCGGUGGGACACUGCUUCUUGAAGUUCUCAUACCACUGGGCGAUCUCGGUCUCUGAGAACUUGGUGUUGAGUUUCAGGUCCUCCAGGAUCUCCUUGGACACGGCGCUGCUUUUGGAGUUGCCCAUCGCUGCUGCUGAUGCUGCUGCUGGGUUACCACGACGAUGCUUAUGACCUUCUCUGCCGGACGGUAGAGUCUUCCAGAAGAACACUCCUGGUGUGGGCCCUUAACUCAGCCCUGGAAGAAGCAAAGCUUAUUAAGUCAAUUACGCCUGCAGAUCCGUGCGGGACCAGCGGGAAUGUCUUGUCUGAUGGCAGCACAGGGAAUCAGCCUCCACCUGCCGGGAUAAGUCAAUUAAACCUUUGUCACCCUGAGGCGGAGCCACGAGAAGCGUCCACAAGAAGGUUUGUACAUGGGGUCCUACGAGGUUUCUUUCCCCCCAACGGAGACUAUGGAGAGGCCCACCUCCUACCACCAAGGUCAACAGAUGAUGGACGAGCCCGCCAUGCAGGAGCCUUCCCCAUUGCAGUACAGCCCCUUCAUCCUGGUCUCCAACCUGCGAGCGCACCUCUACGUGGCACUGGAGAAGAACGCCUGGCUGCAGAAGCGCGUCGAAGAGCUGGAGGAAGAGCGCAACUUCCUGCGCUGCCAGCUGGAUCGUUUCAUUGUCAGCAUGUGGAGUCACGAGGACUGGUGCGGUAAUGCCCAGCGUGGUGUGAAGGUCCAGCCUGCCGGCCCUCCCAGCCCACCCUCUUCCAUGACUACCAGGUCCGGAAUGACCCUAAAGCGCCUGCAGGGACCCGGAUGUCGCACCCGCCACGGAGCCGCUGUCCCUGCCACAGUCAAACAGGAGUUUCACCUGGAGGAAGACAACUACUAUACUGACCAAGAGUACCUGGAAGAGGAGGAGGAAGGGGCAGACUCCUCGGUGGAGGCGGGGUCAAAGAAAAAAGGCAGAGGACGCACGGGGGAGCCCAGGAUGAAGAUGAGGAGGAUCUUCCGCAUCACCCACGGGAGGGAGAGACAGCGAGUCAAAGACCCAGACGGUGUUUUGAUCCGCUACAAGAAGAUCCUGACUACAUACCAGCGCGUCAGGAGCAUGUCCAGAGCCUUUCAGAUUCACGGAGUUGACCGAAACACCAUGGCCUCCACUUCCCCAAUCGCUGAGGUCCUGCUGGUGGCGCCAGAGAAGAUGGAAGAUGUGGGCGAGUUUGAGGCAUCAAAGGAGAAGCUGCUGGAUUACGCCAGACGCUGCUACAAAAUCAUGGACGAGCAGACGCACGCUAAUGUCCAGACCAUGAAGAAGACUCACAAGCUGCUGCCCAUCUCCUAUCGCUUCAGAAACUGAGCUUUUUUGUUUCAAGUCUAGAUAGUUUAUAUUUUGUUCUACGAUUUAUGUUUGUUAUGACAUAAUAUGGCAUUUUGUUGUUUGUAACUUCAGCAGUUGUUGAACUUCAUUUGUUCAUUUGCGUCUGGUGACCUAAUUUUUUUGUACUUUGAUAAAUUUAUUUUCUGAA